GGUCCGCAGCGAAAACAAAGAUGGCGGCUGCGCCGGGGCUGGUAGCCGGGGCGGCUGCGGGCCGACGCGCGGGCCAGGCCCACUGAGGCAGCUGCUCGGUGGGCAGGCUGCGGGGUCGCCGCGGCAGUGAGAAGCCGGCAAGGGCGCGCGGCGACCCUAACUUCCAGCCGGCGAGCGCGCCGGCACCCGCCCGCCGGGCCGGCCGGCCGUGAUGUCCGGCGCCGAGGAGGCCGGCGGGGGUGGCCCGGCUGCAGGGCCCGCGGGUGCCGUGCCGGCCGGGGUCGGGGUAGGGGCCGGGCCUGGGGCUGCCGCGGGGCCGGCUGCUGCGGCUCUGGGCGAGGCGGCGGGGCCCGGGAUCCCGGACGAGGCGGCCCUGGCCGGCGCUCGGCAGCUGCAGGAGGCGGCCGGCGACCCCGACGCGCCGCCCAAGAAGCGGCUGCGGGCGGCCGAGGCAGCCGAGGCGGCGGCGGCGGCGGUGGCAGCGGGCAGUGGAAAGCUGGAGGAGCGUCUCUACUCGGUGCUGUGUUGCACCGUGUGCCUGGACCUGCCCAAGGCUUCUGUGUACCAGUGUACUAAUGGUCACUUGAUGUGCGCUGGCUGUUUUAUCCACCUACUAGCAGAUGCCCGGCUGAAGGAGGAGCAGGCCACAUGUCCCAACUGUCGUUGUGAGAUCAGUAAGAGCCUCUGCUGCCGGAACCUGGCUGUGGAGAAAGCUGUGAGCGAGCUGCCUUCAGAGUGUGGCUUCUGUCUGCGCCAGUUCCCUCGCUCCCUCCUAGAGAGGCACCAGAAAGAGGAAUGCCAGGACAGGGUGACACAGUGCAAGUAUAAGCGUAUUGGUUGCCCAUGGCAUGGCCCUUUCCAUGAGCUGACAGUGCAUGAAGCUGCAUGUGCCCACCCAACCAAGACAGGCAAUGAGCUGAUGGAGAUCCUUGAUGAGAUGGACCAGAGCCACCGCAAGGAGAUGCAGCUCUACAACAGCAUCUUCAGCCUGCUCAGCUUUGAGAAGAUCGGCUACACAGAGGUUCAGUUCCGGCCUUAUCGCACUGAUGACUUCAUCACACGCCUGUACUAUGAAACACCACGGUUCACAGUACUGAACCAGACAUGGGUCCUGAAGGCUCGUGUGAAUGACUCGGAGCGCAACCCCAACCUGUCGUGCAAGCGCACACUUUCCUUCCAGCUUCUCCUCAAGAGCAAGGUCACAGCACCCCUGGAGUGCUCUUUUCUUCUGCUCAAGGGCCCAUAUGAUGAUGUGAGGAUCAGUCCUGUUAUCUACCACUUUGUCUUCACCAAUGAGAGCAAUGAGACAGACUAUGUGCCGCUGCCCAUCAUCGACUCUGUGGAGUGCAACAAGCUGCUGGCUGCCAAGAACAUUAACCUGCGGCUCUUCCUGUUCCAAAUACAGAAGUAGGAUGGACCCAGGCACCUGAGGAGCAGAGAGCUGCAGUCCAGUAGUGCUGUCUCACCCAUCCCUGGCUUGGCAGCAGCUUCACACAACUCUAUGAUCAUUUUAGCAAAGGAGGAGAACAAACAAAAUCAAACACUGAGAAAGUCUGCAUGCGUGUGCAACGGGGUCCCUGCCUCUGGCUCACCUUCCUCCCCUCUGCCUCCCACCCCCUGCAGGCAGCCAGAGGCUGAGCUGACCACAGUGGAGACAGCACUCUGGGCUCCUCAGGUACAGGUGCCGAGGAGGGCAAGAAGCCACCCUUAUCCCAGCUCCCAUCCUCACACCGAGGUGGCACGGUGGUUCCCUGGCCGGGCUCAGGGGCCCUGGCUGACUUCAGACAGCAUAUUUGAUUGCAAUUAAAAAGGCAGCCUUGUUUCCUACUUUCUGUUUUGUUGGAGGGGAAGGCGUGGCCGUGAAUGGACUUCAUGGGAGAUCUGGUUUGGCCUGGUGGUCAGAACCUACCCUGUCUCUGAUAUUGCACCUAUGUGUGCGUUCCAGGAGAGACUUAAGAGACACUGCCCCUCCACCCCCACAGUCUUAUCAGAGGGAUCGGGACUAAGGCCUGGCCGGUGAGCCAGAAAGGGUUGGGCUUCCCCAGCCACUGACCACUCACAGGAAGCAGGACUUGGCUGGUAGGGCUCAACAAAUGUUUUCGGAAUGCAGGGUGAAAUUCUGUCUCUUCCAGGAAAAAAAAAAAUUAAAUGUACAGGCUCUUUUAAGUGAUGCAAUUUUAGUGAGAAGGGACCCAUUUGCUUUACUCAGCAGAGAGGACCAGGUGUCCUCAGGGUGCCAAGGAGGCAGCCAUUGUCUGAGAGACCUGUAUUUAGUGGUAGCGGGGGCACCACAGGACCAAGACAACAGCAUGGUUUAUUGUGUAGGCAACGUAGGCCUUCCCCUUGCUAGCCCAUUCACAGAUGCUCUGAGUGGUGCUUGUAAGCAGGACAAGUAUUAGGGCCUCACAGAAUAUGAAGCAGCCAUGCUUGAAUAGGGCUAGGCCCUGGUCCUCCUUUUUCCUUAGAUUCCUCAGAGAUACUGAGAAGGGUAGGACUUGCCUCCUUCAGUCUUCGCUUAGGCGAUGAGGCUCUUCUGUCAUAGCUUUUCGUUGCUUUAAUACCAAAGAACCGGUUUCCUCUGCCCUAACCAGACCUUCACAUGCCUCAAAGUAGUCCCUACCAACCCAUGCAAACUGCCUGGGCCUGGGCCUGAAUUGCCCUGUGCCUUCCAAGCCAAGGGACAGAGUAGCCCUGGACAUGGGGGUACAAGUACUGAUGUUCCACCCUGACCUUCAAGAGGGCAAAUGGGCUGACAAAUGAGGAGAGGACACGGGGUACAGGCCCUGUCUGUUUCCCUGAGCACAGCCAGGAAUAAGCCACUGGGGCCCUCCUGUCUUCUCAUAAGCUGAAAGUUUUCAGCACCUUGUUUGGCUUCCUGCAUGGGGCUUGUGGGAAUUCUCUUCUACAAAUGUGGCCUGGCCAGGAGGGUUGGGAAGCCCCAUAUUUGGCUUCUGCCUACAACAAAGGACCCCAUGCCAGAGUACAGCACAUCCAUGAAUGCAGUGGCCUUCAAUUCUGAUAAGGCUCCUUGAUGUCCUCUGCCCUUAGGGGCAACUCCUCCAAGCAUGCUUAUCUGGCAGGCACAGAGGAUCUUUGGAAAACAGUGGGGCCCCUCUGGGAGUCCCUCUAGAUUCUAAGGUGAUGUGUGUGAAAAUGUGGGGCAGGGCUAGCUUGCCCUAAUAACCCAUGUCUGGCUGUGUGAGCAACUGACUCAGAAAGCAGCCUGAAGGUCUCUCAGGAGGAAGCAGGAUAGGAGGUUUAUUCCCCAAGGCAAAGCCAACUGGGACACAGUGGGCAUGAGGAGAAAAGUUGGGCUGGCAGAGGCUCAGAGGCAACAGAGCUUUAGGUAUUUGUAUGUGGCACUGAGAGGUAUACCCCAAGGUACAUAGGGCUAGGGGGUGUGCCCAGGUAAGGCCCGCCUAGGGGUAAAGUGUGUCUAAGGGUACCCAGGAGAACGGCUAAGCCCUCCCACCAACAUGCCCAGUAUGGUCCCUACACCAUGACUGUCAUGUGCAACAAUUGAGCCCUCCAGCCUAGAGGAACCAAACAUGGAGAAGACCAGUAUGUCUCUUGGCUUUGCUAGGGACUGGCAUACAACAAACCUUUCAGCACUGUCACUGUGGGCCCUUUAUUUAGGGGUGGGGCCACCAUAUCUCCUGGCUUGUGUCCAGAAUCUUGUUCUCUUGCUGUCCUAACCUGGUUCUUUAUCUGUUGUCUCUGAGGAUGGGAGAAGGGUUCAGCCUCAGUUGGUGUUGGGGAGGCUGCCAGAGGGGGUCGCACAGGCUAAGCCAGGCCUCCCCCUCCUUCCACCUGUCUCGCCCCCACUUCCUGUGAGCACCACAUCCCUCAGUUUGCCCAAAGUGAGACAUUUACAAAACAAUAAAAAUAAUUUUCUAAAGAG